UGUUUGCAGCUGGAGGACACAAUGAUCUUGACUUGAGGGCUUCAGAAUGUUUCGUAUGUGCUCUGCCAGUACCCAUCUUCUCUCACCAUCCUAAAAGCAGAUUUGUCCAGUUGAGACAUGUUACGUUUUUUUUGUGUAGUGCAGGGGCGCUAGGACCGUGAGGGAGAUCGCCUCUAAAUGUAUUUUCAGUAACAUUUUCAGACAGUUAUUUGUAAGCGCGUUUGAGCCGGACAGCCGUUGAAGCGACUCACUCGGACGGACAGUCACUUUGAUUAGGAAUGAAUAUAAGCCAAUAGUUGACUCUCAUCAAUAAACUUUGAUUUGACCGAAUUAAUUAGGACACGUUAUCAAAGUGGCGACUCGCUCUCUGCGGGACUGUGAAGAGAGAGAUAGAUAGAUACCUGUCACACUGAAGCGAUGGGAGAAAUCUGGAGAAUUGAUAUGCCCGAUAGUUUUGAAGGGGGCGAAAACGUGAAUUGGAUUUAAACACAGACUAACUUUUUAACAAAAAGUGUUUUGCUCAAUGACCAUGUAUCCACAUCCAAACUCUGGCCUGGCUCAUCUCUCCCUCUUAGUCGUGCUCCUCUCACUCCUCCUCCCCCUCUCUCUGCCAUCUCGAGCCCCCCCUCACCAACACCCCGUCCACCUCCACCUCCCUUCACUGGUGCCCCAUGCACCCCUGCCCCUCUCCCGCUCUCGCUUCAGUUCCCAGACUCAACUCGACUUCACCACUCACUGCAAUGCCAGCUGCUACCACAAAGGAGAGCAAGAGAGCAGGCGAGAGCACCUGACUGAGCAGCUGGCCUUCGAGACGCUCUAUGCAGACGGUUCUCGUACCCUCACCACUGUGGAUGUGGCGGAUGAGGAUGAUUAUGAGGGCACCAUCAGUCCUGCCAUUCAACCUCCACCAACAAGAGGACGUAGAGUUACCAGUAGGCACAGGCGUCAGAAAAGACAGAUCUACGGGGCUGAUGGGCGCUUCAACAUACGCGGUGACCACUUCCUGUUGGACUACCCAUUCUCCACAGCUGUGAGGAUCUCCACCGGCUGCACUGGAGUCCUAGUGUCUCGACGCCAUGUCCUGACCGCUGCCCACUGCGUGCAUGAUGGGAAGGACUACGUCAAGGGAGCCCGUAAACUGAGGGUAGGCUUCCUGACUCCUCCGUACAUCAAUGGCACCAAGCCCAGCCAGACCCCCACCAAGAAGCCCCUGGUGCGCUGGGUCCGGGUCAAACGCACCCGUGUCCCCAAGGGCUGGAUCCAAGGCCCCCAGGAGGUCAGCAUGGACUUUGACUACGCCCUCUUGGAGCUGCGCUGGCCCCACCGCCGGCCCUUCAUGCGUCUGUCUGUGGCUCCCUCCUCUGAUGACCUGGCAGGGAAACGCAUCCACUUCUCUGGGUUUGACAGUGACAGGCCUGGGGAGCUGGUCUACCGCUUCUGUCCUGUGGAGGACGAGUCUAACGACCUGAUCUACCAGCACUGUGAUGCCCGGCCGGGGGCCAGCGGCUCGGGGGUGUACGGCCGCGUGUGGGACACGGCUCUGGAACGCUGGGAGAGAAAAGUCAUCGGCAUCUUCUCUGGACACCAGUGGCUGGAGAUUGAUGGGGAGAACCGCGACUACAACGUGGCUGUGAGAUUCACCCCGCUGAAGUUUGCCCAGAUAUGUUACUGGGUGCAUGGGAACCGAGUGGACUGUAGUCAGGACUGAGAGAGAAGGGGAGGGGGGGAUGGCCUAGAAAAAAAAGAGGCUAUGAAGUCCAUGACAGAUAACUAUUUAAAGUAAGCACAAAAUCCCUUAAAGGAGAUGUGGAGAGGAAAUAACUCCCCAACUCAGUCUAUAAAAGGGUAAGAGUGAAACGGGAUUUAAUCCUAAUAAAAAUUAAACAUCUACAAUACUAUCGAAGAAAACAGGACUGCUAAACCUUCAUGCGCCGUAACAGGUUUCCCUUGGAGGUGUUAACCACUGUGACUAGGAGCCUUGCUGUUUUAUAACUAUGGUAGCAGCCAUUAACUUUAUACUUUGGAAUAGUAUUGAACAGCUUUAGCCAAUGGAGCAACUACUGGACUUAUUUUCUUUAGACACACUCCCAUUGUUGUGUGUAAUACUGUGGCUGCAUGUUUUUCAACAUUUAGGAUCAAAUGUGCGGGUGUGGAGUUGAUUUUACAAAGGGAUGUGGGGAGGGGGACGUCUUAUUUGUUUAGGUAACGUCGCUUAAGGAUGUGAAUGAUUUUGGAAAGUACAGGGACUUCUCAUUCUGGGUUAGAAAGACACCUGUAAAAUGUAUACUCCGCCCCAAUGGCCCGGAGGCAUACCUAGCCACACUGACAAGAUACGGCGCCUCAAUACACCAAACAUGUCAAAAAGGGUUGAAGGUAUCAAUGGUGAAAUCAAUGAACGUCAGAUUCUGAAAACCUAAGGGAGCUUCUUACUCAGUGCUGGCAGCAUAAACUGCUUGCUUUCAAGCGGGUUAGGGGGUGAAAAUCAAUGGUGAUAAUAUUUUUUGUAAAUGCCUAUUUCAAUAAACUAAGAGAUUUAUCAUUAAUGCUUGUGUCAGUUAUGGAAACCAACAGGUAUACAAAGAAUGAGUUGCUACUGUAAAAUGGAAUCCACUUUUCAGAGGAGUUAGAGUGCCCUCAUGUGGUCAGUAUGUAAACAUUUAGGAUACAUGAUGCCAUUGGUCUUUAAAACCACUAAUUAAUUGUUUCAAUUUCUGACAAAGAACUAAAUUCAAUCAAGCGGCUGUUUAAAGGUACACAUUGCAAAGAAUACCAAGUUCACCAAUUACAAAUAAAAGCAUCACUAACUGCCCAGUGUAAGCAGGUUCCUGGACCAACCAAUCAUUUAAUAGUUCAACUAAGUGACAUUUUAUUCAGAUAUUACCCAGACACUUGACAGUCAUUUACACAGGCAGCCCAUUCCGAUUUUUUGAUCAAGUAUUGGCAAAAUAUUUGCUCUCAUUGGCCAAAAGAUCAGAAUUGGGCUGCCUGUGUAACAGCAGCCAAUAGGACAUCAAUAUUUUUGCCUAAAACACUCAGACAUCCACAUCUUCCAUUCGGACAGGCUAAAUGAUCAACCUUAUUAGCUUGGUCAUUCCUCAAAUCACACAAGCUAGACAAAAAAAAAGGCAGAGUACAAAGUUAGUUUAGUGCCUUUUUAUUAGAGAUAAGGAGACGAUACAAAACAUCCAUUCAAUACCAGUCUAAAUUCUGAACACAGGCAGUUCAAAUACAUCGCCCCCGUCUUACCGUCACACUUCUAAACCCACCAGAUCCUGUUGUAUAAGGAAUGUGUUCAAUUUUUACAUCAACGCCAUGUUUUUUUUUUUAAACUCAGAACUGGAAAUAAAAAAUAACUGGACUCACUUAAAAGUUGUGUAAUUUGUAUGUUCAACCCCCCCCCC